GUUGUUUAGAGACGUAAAUGGGCGCAGUCCUCGCCUGGCUUUGCCCUCUCCUUAUUAGGUUUUAAGAAGCCGAACUAAUAGCCUUGCUUAGCAGCAAGCACUACAUACCAACGCCAGCUGAAGAUGGAGAAGGAGAACCAGAACCCUUUUCAACUUGAUGUGGGAAAUCUCUUCGCUUUUAACCCUUUUCACAACUUUCCUUCCCUCCCCACUUCCAGGGAUGAACUAGUUAAGGAAUGUUUACAAGAGGGUACCAAGUUAGUUCAAGCGGUUGCUGAUAGUCUGUUUAAUUUACCUUCAACCGAAGAUGUAGAUGGGCCCCUUGUUAAGCUGCCUCCCCCAACUACAAAACUUCCAAGGGAGAAGCAUCUUCCAAAGCCUAAACCUCCUACAAAAUGGGAGGAGUUUGCUAAAAAGAAAGGUAUAAAGAAACGUAAAAAGGACAAAGUUGUAUGGGAUGAACAGACUGGUGCAUGGAAACGUCGCUUUGGUUAUGAUCGUGUCAAUGAUGAUAAAGACAUACCCAUCAUUGAGGCCAAGAUGACUGAUGAGCCAGGAGAGGAUCCUUUUGCUAAAAGACAAGAUGAUAAAAAGAAACGGGUUGAGAAGCAAGAGAAGAAUCGCCUCCAGAACUUGAAACAAGCUGCAAAACUUGGUGCUUUGCCAAGCCAUGUUCAGCUUGCUGCUACGGCUUUGCCCAUAACAGGAACCCAAGCUCCACCUAAGAAAGUAACCAAAGAUGAAUUGGGGAAUGUAGCUGGGAUGGCUGCUACAUCUACAGCCAGUGGUGGGAAAUUCGAUAGGAAAUUGCCAGGAGAAAAGCCUGCUAAAAAGCAAGGAAAGCAUCGCAAGUUCUUACCAGUUGUUGAAGGGUCAGGGAUAGGGUCAAGGGAGAAGGAGCAAACUGAGAAUGUUCUAAACAAGCUAAUCUCUAAGCAUUCACAUGAGAUACUCAACGUUGACAAGGCUGUUACAAUGUAUAAUGUGAAAAAAGAGAAGAAAGCUAGAAAUAGAAAGAAUCAGGAAGGGAGGUCAUCAUCAACCUCAAACAAGUUGAAACCCAAAAAGCAACUUCAUAAGAAGGGUGCAAAGAAAGGACCAGGAUCUUCAAAGAAAGGCAAGGCCUAAUAAAAUUAUUAGGUUCUAACAUUCUGGUAAAAGCUUGUAGAGAUUUGGGAUAUCAAUUUUGUUAACAAGAGAGUUAUUUGUACCAAAGGUUCUAUUUGUUGAGACAGGUUUAAAUUAUUACAUUAUUUGAUCUGCUUA